AUGGGGCGGGGUGGGAGAAGAAAUCAGACCAGCAUAUAUGAGUUUCUUCUCAUGGGCCUCUCUGCACGGCCAGAGCAGCAGCCUCUCCUGUUUGGGCUCUUCCUGGGCAUGUACCUGGUCACCGUGCUGGGAAACCUGCUCAUCAUCCUGGCCAUUGGCUCUGACAUGCACCUCCACACCCCCAUGUACAUCUUCCUGGCCAACCUGUCCUUCUCUGACAUUGGUUUCAUCUCUACAAUAGUUCCCAAGAUGCUAAAUAAUAUUGGCUCAGGAAGUAAACUGAUUUCUUAUGGUGAAUGUCUUGCACAACUCUAUUUCUUUGGCCUAUUUGCAGAUCUGGACAACUUUCUCCUGGCUGUGAUGGCACUUGACCGCUAUGUGGCCGUCAGCCACCCCCUCCAUUAUGCCAUGACCAUGAACUCCCAGCGCUGUAUCCUGCUGGUGGCUGGGUCAUGGGUGGUCACUACCAUCCACGCCCUUGUGCACACCCUCCUAGUGACCAGGCUUUCCUUCUGUGGCCCCAAUGCCAUCCCCCAUUUCUUCUGUGAUCUGGUCCCCCUCCUGAAGCUGGCCUGCUCCAGUACUUAUGUGAAUAACCUGAUGCUCAUCCUUGUGGCAGGAACGCUGCUCAUUGGACCCUUUGUCUGCAUCCUUACAUCUUACUUUUACAUUGCACUGGCUAUUCUAAGAAUUGAUUCCCCAAAGGGUAAGCAAAGGGCCUUCUCCAACUGCACCUCCCACCUCUCUGUGGUCUCUCUGUUUUACAGUACAGCUAUUGGGGUCUAUUUAUGUCCUCCUUCAUCCCCCUCAGGUGGAAAGAACAAAGUCUUCUCAGUGAUGUACACAGUGGUCACCCCCAUGCUGAACCCUUUCAUCUACAGCCUGAGGAACAGCGAUAUGAAGGGGGCACUGGGAAAACUACUCAGAAGAAAAACACUCUAA